AUGUCGAAAAACAUCUACUGCAUUCUUUUUCAUUUCGUGCUUAUAAUUUUGGUCAUUGAUCUUGCUCUUGGAGGAAAGAAAGAGCGUAGUGAACGUCAUGCUGGUAGCAUUCAAACUUUGGGAUUUCAAGAAGCAGAUCGUAAGUCCUCAUCGGUCGUAAAGAGCGCAUGCAAAUCAAGGGUGGAAAUUUAUGGCUUUCCUUGCGAAGAACAUACUGUGACAACAAAGGAUGGAUACAUACUCAGCCUAUUACGACUUCCAAAUGGCCGGUCAGGUGCAUUCUCAAGACCAAACAAAAUCCCUGUCCUACUGCAACAUGGCCUCUUAAUGGACGGGAUCACAUGGCUGCUUAAUUCACCUGAUGAAUCAUUAGGUUACAUUCUAGCAGACAUUCAUGAUGUCCAAAUUGUAUUGCAGGCCUAUUGGGAUUGGUCAUGGGAUGAACUAGCAGCGAAUGAUCUGCGUGCUAGUUUUGAUUAUGUAUAUCAACGUACUGGAAAUCAGACUAUUCACUAUGUUGGCCACUCUUUGGGAACUUUGAUUGCCCUUGCCACAUUUAGCCAACAUAAGCUAUUGAGUAUGGUGAGAUCGGCGCUCUGCCCCAUAGCGUAUCUGAAUCAGAUUACAUCGCUUAUAUCAAAAGCUGCUGCUCAAAUCUUUGUCGCAGAAGAUCUUUACUGGCUUGGCCUUCAUAAAUUUGAUCCAAACAGCAAAGCUGUGGAUAAACUGCUCAAGACGGUUUGUAUGGAUCCUGAAAUUGAUUGCUACAAUAUGAUUUCAGCCAUGACAGGCCCAAAUUGCUGUCUUAACUCCUCUUCGGUCGAGGUUUUCUUGGAUCACGAGCCUCAGGCAACAUCAACUAAAAACAUGAUUCACUUAGCGCAGAUGAUCAGAAGAGGUACUAUAACAAAAUAUGAUUAUGAUGAUAAUGAUGAAAACAUGAGCCAUUAUGGCCAAAUCAGUCCUCCUGUGUACAACAUGAGCAAGAUCCCUAACGAUCUCCCACUUUUCCUGAGCUAUGGAGGUCAAGAUAAGCUUUCCGAUGACAAUGAUGUUUCGCGUUUGCUGAAUAGUUUACAUUUUCAUGAUGGUGAUAAGAUGACAGUUCAGUAUCAGGAUAACUACGCACAUGCUGAUUUUGUUAUGGCUGUCAAUGCAAAAAGAAUCGUAUAUGAUCCACUCAUGGCUUUCUUUGAGCUUCAUUGA